GCGACCUCCGGGCAUCUCGGCGCUCACAGAACACCCCAACCCAGGACCAGUCUCGAUCUCCAGAUUCAGACUGAGCCGGCGAUGCAGCGCCAUGGAGGCGCGCAAGGGUUCACCGAGCUGCUUCUCAGCAUGGGUUAUCCAGGUGUAGAUUCGGGAUGGAUCGAAAGAGAAGAGGUAAUCCCGGCGGAAUUCCGCUUGUACACGGAAAUCUGGAGCGGUGAGUCAAACAGCUCUGGGAGCGGCAGUGGCGGCGGCGGCUCCGGCGAGCUAUAUGACGGGCUGGACGGAGGUUCCAGGGCAUCGACGGAAGACGGCGCUCCCAGCCGCACAGUUUCGCCGAGAUCCCCGGAGCCAUGGGGCAACAGGGGUUGUGAUUUUGUUCCAGAAGAGUUGGAGGGAGAUUUUCCAUCUGGUCUAUACACCGAAACAAACGCGUCAACACACACGGUGAUUAGCUCAUCUGAUGGGGAGGAUCUGAAUACACAUGAGGAUUAUUGUUCAGAGAGGCCACAGGACACUCAGACAUUUUCGUAAGAUAGGUUAUAACUGUAGUUUGGCAUUCAUUUCAACCUGAGCAUCUGAUGAAAACAACACGGAAUGAGGCCAGGCAGUUACAAGUUUGGUUUAGGUACCCUACAGGUUGCAUGGAGUACUGUUUGAUCGUCCAAAUGAUCAAUGCCGUGCCAUGGAGAUUGCAAUUGGGGCGGUUCUUCCUCUGACAAAGCACAGGUGGUGCAAGUGGCAUGUUUUGCGCAAGGCAAAGGAAAACCUUGGGCCAAUGUAUGCUAAGAAUGCAGGCUUUCGGGACGAGCUACACAAGAUCUGCCACCAUAUGCUUACUAUAGAUGAAUUUGAGUCUGCGUGGGGAGAGUUGAUUGGAAAGUAUGCUCUUCAGGACCACCCAUUUUUUGACCCAGAUAUACGAUGUCCGCCAGAAAUGGGCGAAACCAUACUUCUCCGGAGUAUUCUGCGCUAGGAUGACCAGCACACAGGGUUCGGAGAGUGCAAAUCAUAUGCUGAAGUUGUAUGUGCCGCCUGGAUGCAGCAUGAAUAUGUUUGUUAGAGGUUAUAAUAAGUUGCAGUUCCAGAGAGAUGAGGAGGAAAACUUCGAGGAGAAGCGCAGCAGACUGUGCUGAGUUUUAUUAAACAGCGGCGGACCGAUCGAGAAGCAUGCAAGUAAGAUAUACACGCCGUCCCUGUUUGAACUGUUCGAAG